AUGGAAACUACUUUCUAUGACGACUCUCUGAACGCCUUCUCCCAGCAAGACUCCGCCGGCUUCAGCUUCAGCAGCCCCAAAGCUCUCAAACAGAGCAUGACCCUCAAUCUGUCGGACCCCACCGGCUCCCUAAAGCCACACCUGCGGGCUAAAGCCGGGGACCUCCUCACAUCCCCGGACGUGGGCCUUCUGAAGCUGGCCUCCCCAGAGCUGGAGCGGCUCAUCAUCCAGUCCAGCAACGGACUCAUCACCACCACGCCGACCCCUACCCAGUUCCUCUGCCCCAAGAACGUAACGGACGAGCAGGAGGGGUUCGCGGAGGGGUUCGUUCGGGCUCUGGCGGAGCUGCACCACCAGCACAUGCCGGCCCCGGCCAACGUGAGCGUCACCUCGGCUCCUCAGACCAGCGUCAGCUCCGCCCUGCCCCCGGUGUCCUCGGUUGCCGGGGCAUCAGUUUACAACAACAGCGGCUCCCUCCGAUCAGACUCUCCGGUCUAUGAGGACCUGAACACCUUCACACCGGCCAUCAGCACCGUGUCGGCUCCUAACUACACCACUUCAGCUCCCACUAUGUCCUUCCCGAAUGCCCAGUCACAGCUCCCACUGUACGGACAGCCCUCCUCCGCCCAGCUGCCCCGGCUCAGCGCGCUGAAAGAGGAGCCGCAGACCGUGCCGGAGAUGCCGGGGGAGACCCCUCCUCUUUCUCCCAUUGACAUGGAGAGCCAGGAGCGCAUCAAGGCUGAGAGGAAGCGCAUGAGGAACCGCAUCGCUGCCUCCAAAUGCCGGAAGAGGAAGCUGGAGCGGAUCUCUCGACUGGAGGAUAAAGUCAAGAACCUAAAGUCCCAAAACUCGGAGCUGGCGUCCACCGCCAACAUGCUGCGGGAGCAGGUGGCCCAGCUGAAGCAGAAGGUGAUGAACCACGUGAACAGCGGCUGUCAGCUCAUGUUGACCCAGCAGCUGCAGACCUUUUGA